ACUCAACAGCCUAAAGCCCAAAGAAGAAGGCCCUUUGUGUUAUGUUUCCUGCUUGUGUUGAUAAACUGAAUGUAAAUAAAUAUAAACGCUCGUGUUGACUGAACAGUGGAGGGAACAUGGAGGAUGUGAAGCCGUCGUCGUACUGCACUGUGUUGGACGGGAGGAGCCAGUCCAAGUAUCUGUGUUAUACACACCGGAGAAAUGCACUGUUUUAUAUUUGUCUGACAGAUGCUGCAGAUGUUUGGAGCACAGAGUACACAGAGGACACCUUGAAAGAGUUUAGACAGAAGUUUGCCUUGAAAUCUACAGAGGAUUAUAUUCUCAAACUCAGGUCUGCCUGUGUUACUGGGGACGUGUCUGUCGUGGUACAUGACACCAGGGCAGAGCUCCAGGUGUCCUCAGGGUCAACUGACCUGAGUGUGAGUCUGUCCAGGCUGCAGGGCCCACAGGCCACAGAGGAACUGAAGGAGCUGCUGUUCAGGAUGGCAGACAGCCUCACUCAGCUUGACAGUAAAGUGCUGGAUGUGUUUUGUCAACCCCCUCUAGUUAGAUCCCCGGCACCCAGUUCACUAAAAAAUCGUCAGAGGAAUCACACAGAGUUUGAGCCCCGGCAGCAGCAGAACUGUGGUCCAUCAGUGACGGUGAAGAGACGAGCUCCAGGGGCGUCACUCAUCAACCCAGGAACUAAAAAAAAGAUGCAAGCGACUGGCGUGGCCUUUGAUGAAGCAGACGACGACUGAUCCUGUCGAUCAGUCAGAUCCUGUUCUCACACUUCUAAUGCACUACCAACACGAAACAUGCUUUUAAUCCAUUCACUCAACAUUAGAACGUUUUUACAAAUCAGUACAGCUGCUCUACUACUUUUAUGAAAUAUGAUACCAAUCACAAUGACAAGUGUUUUUAUAUUAUCAGGUCUCCUUCCUGAAAGAUGCAGUAACUCCUAUGAUAUUUAAUCUGGAAAUGAAAUAAAGAACAAGUUGUUAGUUCUGACUGUGUAAAACAAAUAGUAUUGUAGAAAUCAUUCUCAACAUAAAGACCAAAUAUUACAGUGUCAAACAAAGUGGUUUGAAGGGAGGCACCGUCCGGACAAUAACCAAACACUUACACUCGCCCUGUGUCUCUGACAAAGAAAAGACAAACAGCUCAUAUUCCCAAGGUGCUUUCCCCUAAAUCCUCUGUUAUUGCAAACAAUUAUGUGAGAUUGUGGUCAUGAAAUGUGUUUUUAAUUCUGGUAAAACGAAUAUUUUAACUGUAUUUUAACAUUCCUCUCAGCUACACAUGGAGUCAGAGUGUUGAAAUAUGACAGAGACAUCUCUUGACAGACUAAAUACUGCGUAGAGGCGUUCACAACUGAUAGCAUCUUCUUCAUUUCUUCUGGCUCGAUAUUUAUGAAAAACUUCAGGAAAUUAACUUUUUUUUCUAGCUGGUGAUAUUUGGAUAUAUUUUGUUCUGUUAAUUACUAAAUUAUUUUGUUUAAGAAUAGUAAAAUAAUCUGUCAUGUGGUACUGAAAUAAAUAAAUGAAUAAGAAAUUCA